AUGGCUAGUCACCCUAGAUCAUCUGCAUUUUUCAUCCUGCAGCUGUCGUUGCUCCCAACGAUCCUGAGCCUGCAGGCAAACGCUGCCUACUACGACAUAUCUCCCGUGGAGUGUGGCUGCCCCGACCAGUACGAGGUCACCAUGCGCCUGUACCUGCACCAGUUCGUGGCUGGGCCAAAUCACCCAAACCGCAACGAGGAGUUCGUGAUAGCCUCCAGCUACCCCAACGGGUUCGGCACGACGCUCGUGAACGACUGGUACUUAACCACCACGCCCAGCCCCAAUGGUAAGGUCAUCGCACGUGCGCAGGGCAUCCAUGUCCAGGCCGGUACCACCGAUGCCAAUAGCUGGUACACGUCUUUCAACAUUGUCUUCCAGGAUGACAGGUUUAACGGAUCAACUCUCCAAGUGAUGGGAAUCAUUCUGGCACAAAACUUUGGUGAGUGGUCCAUCAUGGGAGGUACCGGAGAAUUUACAAUGGCGCAUGGUAAUAUCAAGUUCAGAGUCGACACUAGAGACUCGACCAGCGAAGACGCUAUCAGGGAACUUGAGAUUCGUGCUGUCUACACUUCAAUUACUCAACUUGCUUUUUAG